UAGACACGAUUGUGCCUACUGGAGGCAGAAAUACGCCGAGGAUGAGUGUGCCUGGUUCACAUUUCGUCCCACAAUCACGUUUGCGCGUUUCUGUCUAGAGUCAGCGGAUACAUGCAACGACAUCAGAACCAGCGACUGAAAAUAACACGGGAUGCAGAGUUAUGGCUGCUGAGCUGUCCUGUUGCUAGGAGACCUUUUGACAGCUAAGAUUUAAAACAGCGGCUGUCUGAAGGUCAUUCUUAAAACAGAGAAGUGCUCGGGUGGCACUACCGCCGAGGGACACCCAACGCCAAUGAAUCCUGCACCCGCUCACGCUCGCGCUGCUGCUGUACUGUUCGGUCAGCUGACGGUGGGCUGGGGCAGUGUGGCGUGCUGAUAUUGGUCCUGCUGGUGUCUUGGCAACAGCGUACUUGUAGUAAGUUCUAGCAGGCCAAAGCCCCUCCCACCUCUCCCUUUGGACCAUGCCUUCUGAGCCUCCGCCAAGCCCCCAGGUCAUGCUGACAGGUCAGAGGCUCUGUCAGUCCAAGUCCCAUCAGCACUCUGUUCUCGCUGCUCUCAACCAGCAGCGUAAGGAAGGCCUCCUCUGUGAUGUCACCCUGGUUGCCGGGGAACAGAAGUUUCAUGCCCAUAAGGCCGUACUUGCGGCCUGCAGUGAUUACUUCCGGGCCAUGUUCAGUCUACGUAUGGCAGAGAGUGAGGCGGAUGAGGUCACUCUACAGGGAGUGUCUGGUGUUGGACUUAAGCAUGCUCUAGACUUUGCCUACACAGGCCAGAUCGUGUUGGAGCCCAGUCUGAUCCACGACGUUCUGUCUGCUGGGAGUCAUCUGCAGCUCCUGGAGCUCCUUAGCCUCUGCUCACACUACCUAAUUCAGGAGCUGAACAGCGUAAACUACCUGGAGCUGUACCGGCUGGCCGAUCUGUUCCACCUGCCGCCGUUGGAGGAGGCUGUAGUGGCCUACGUUGUGGAGCACCUGUCUGAGAUCCAGCACGGCUGUGAGGAGGAGGUGUUUCUCCUGCCGGCUCGCCUCCUCCGGGAGGUGCUCAAGAGUGACCGCCUCACCUCCCUCAAUGAGGAGGAGAUCUGGCAGCUGCUGGUGCGUUGGUUAGAGCAUGGCUGUAGGCUGCAGUACUCGGAGGAGCUGCUCCAGCACGUGCGCUAUGGCCUGAUGGAGGUCCCCACCCUGCAGCGAGUCUCCCGCAGCCUACCACUGCUACGGGCUGGCCCCACGGCCGGUGCCCUGGUGGACGAGGCGCUGGACUACCACCGAGCCAUGUUUGCCCAGCCGCUGCGGCAGACGGCACGCACCACGCCGCGCUUCCAGUCCCUCACACUGUACAUUGCGGGCGGCCGCAAGCGCGAGGUCAGCCGCGUGUGUGAGCUGCGCUUCUUCAACCCUGGCCCCCAGGAGCACCUGCGGCAGGUCGGGGGCGGGGCGAACUGGAGCGAGCUGGCGCCCAUGCCGGCCGGGCGUAGCCACCACUGCGUGGCCGUCAUGGGGAACUUCCUGUUUGUGGCGGGUGGCGAGGUGGAGCACACAACCGGCCGCACAUGUGCCGUGCGGAGCGCCUGCCGCUAUGACCCACGUGGCAACCGCUGGACGGACAUCGCACCCAUGAAGGUCUGCCGAGAGCACUUUGUUCUGGCUGCGUUGGGCCAGUACCUGUAUGCGGUGGGAGGCAGGAACGAACUGAGGCAGGUUCUGCCCAGCGUGGAGCGCUACUGCCCGCGCAGGAACAAGUGGAGCUACGUGCAGGCCUUUGACCGAUCCCUCUCCUGCCAUGCAGGCUGCGUAGCCGACCAGCUGCUCUGGAUCUCAGGUGGGGUCACAAACACAGCUCAGUACCAGAAUCGACUGAUGGUGUACGACCCAGAACAGAACCAGUGGCUGAUGCGCAGUCCCAUGCUGCAGAGGCGGGUGUACCAUGUGAUGGCAGCCGUCCAAAGGCAGCUGUAUGUUCUGGGUGGAAAUGAUCUGGACUUCAAUAACGACCGUAUCCUGGUACGUCACAUAGACUCCUACGAUAUUGACAUGGACCAAUGGACCCGCUGCACUUUCAGUCUGCUAACAGGGCAAAACGAGGCGGGCGUGGCUGUCCAUGACGACAGGAUCUAUGUUGUUGGUGGAUAUUCUAUCUGGACUAAUGAGCCCCUGGCCUGCAUCCAGGUUCUGGAUGUGAGUGCUAAAGGGAAGGAGGAAGUGUUUUAUGGGCCAACGCUCCCAUUCGCCUCCAAUGGGAUAGCCACAUGUUUCCUCCCUGCUCCCUGCCCCACCUGCCCUAACUUGCAGACUCUACAGAUGCCCCACCACCGAAUAGGAGCUCUCUAACAUACUCUGGUGCCUACACCUGGAGAAAUUCCUAAUCCAACAGCACAGCAUGUGAUCUGAUGAGAAUGGAAUCCAUUGCCCGGAGUGUACUUGCCGUCCACUUUAGGAGUGGACCAAUCUGAGAAUUAGCUGUGUAACCAGUAUGAAGUAGUGAUGGAUAAGGGGUACUUGAGCGGAGUGCAGUGAAGGCUGAUGCCAAACAUCUUCCACGUCUCAUCCAUAUACUGGUGUAGUUCAAAUCACCUCAUCUCACAGAGAUACUGCACAAACUGGACCCGUCAUAAAACCUCACAUGAAGUUCAUCUGAAAGGACUGCCAGUCAUUUACCAGUGAAUACCCACCAGAUGAAAAGCAGGUAAUCUGACGCAAAAAGCCAACUUCCUCAACUUUCUGUUCAAUAUGAAUCUCUUAUGUUUGUUACCUUGCCUUCCAAUAUGUUCUCAAAACUAUGGCCUGUACUUGUCUUUUCCUCCAUGGUCAUUUUGCCUGAAUACCUGAAACUUCAUCCAAUCGUUGAAGAAAUGAUUGCAUCUCAUGCUACAGAAGGAAUUGAGUGCUUUCUAUUCCAACUCAGGAGUGCUACUGUAUAGUUGAAUGUUUCUUAUUCUGACCAUAACUGAACUCUUGCACACAAAUAGUGUCAGGCUAAGCUAAACCUGUAUCAUGCUGCCUCCGGGAGUGUUUUCUCCAUUUUGGUAUUGGUACUGAACUGCUCCAAUCCAACACAUCCUCAGUGGUUCUAUGUCUGGGGAGAAACAUUAAAGAGGAUGUUUUUCAUUUUUUAACCUUUUUUUUUUUUUAGCUUUCAAUAAAUACCGAAGUUAUGCAAUUGUGCAA